UCUCCGUUGCCAGUCCUCUGCUUCAUUUCAAACAGACAGCAGCAAGCCGCAGGCGGCAGCGAAGGGCACGCCACCGCCGCGGCGCGCCCACGCCGCAGGGCUACCGCGCCGCCAGACGCCGCGGCGGCGCCAUGGCGAGGCUCAGCGCCGACCUGAUUCGGCGGAGCCCCCAGUUCCUCAGCGCCAUCAAGGAGCGCGUCCUCGACCUCCGAGGCAACAAGAUUGCCUUCAUCGACAACCUCGGCGCCACCGAGGACCAGUUUGAUAUGAUUGAUUUGUCGGACAACGAGAUUGUGAGGCUCGAGAAUUUCCCUUUCAUGAAUCGCCUUGGCACUCUGUUAAUCAACAACAACAAAAUAACAUGUAUCAAUCCCAACCUUGGUGAGUUUUUACCCAAGAUGCAUACUUUGGUGCUGACGAACAAUCGCCUUACAAGUCUUGCGGAGAUUGACCCCUUGGCCUCUCUUCCAAAGCUGCAAUUUCUCAGCUUACUGGAUAAUACCGUUACUAAGCAACCAGAUUACCGGUUAUAUGUGAUCCACAAACUGAAGCAUCUGCGUUUGCUGGACUUCAAGAAAGUGAAUCAACAGGAGAGACCUGAAGCAGCACAAAAGUUCCACUCAAAUGAGGCAGAGGAGGCGGCAAAGAAGGUUGCUGCCAAAGCUUAUACUCCAGUAGUAAUGGAUGCUCAAGGUACCACAGAAGACCAGGGCCCUAAAGUAGUCGCUCCAACGCCUGCACAAAUCACAGCUAUCAAGGAGAGAGCUGAAGCGGCACAAAAGUUCCACUCAAAUGAGGCAGAGGAGGCGGCAAAGAAGGUCGCUGUGAAAGCUUAUACUCCAGUAGUGAUGGAUGCUCAAGGUACCACAAAAGAUCAGGGCCCUAAAGUAGUUGCUCCAACGCCUGCACAAAUCACAGCUAUCAAGGCACUUAAAGAUGAAGAAACAUGGAAGAAGUAUGACUAUGUUGUUGCACAUCCAGAGGAGAGAACCGAAGCAGCACAAAUGUUCCACUCAAAGGAGGCAGAGGAGGCGCCAAAGAAGGUUGCUGCCAAAGCUUAUACUUCAGUAAUGAUGGAUGCUCAAGGUACCACAAAAGACCAGGGCCCUAAAGUAGUUGCUCCAGCGCCUGCACAAAUCACAGCUAUCAAGGCAUUGAGCAGUGCCCAAGUUCCUGCUGAGUACUAUGUGAUCACCAAGCCUGAUACUAACAUGGCUGAAGCAUCAGAGGAAGCUCAAGCUGAGAAGAUGGAGACAGAUGGCCAGGAACAAGAGGAUGGGGCUGAUGAGCAGAAGCGAAACGAUGAAGGCACAAUUCAAGAGGAAAUUUUUGGGGCUGAUCUAGAUGGCAUGUAUGAUAUCUUAAACGACAACAUAGAACUUUACACACACAAGUAUUUUGUGCGAGAUCCAUUCAAUUUCAUGUUCAGUAGGCGCAAAAGGCCUUUUCUUGGUAAGCAUGUUCUGCCGCCGCCCCGGAGGCAGGAACCAGGACGACCGCCGUAGCUCACAGCCAUCGCACCAACAGCAGUGCUACCAAUAUAACAAUGCUAGCUAAACCAACCCCACUAGUUCAACUCAUCUGGGCCAACAAACGCUGCCACCCUCACAACUCAUCUGCGCUCACGGUAUUUGCUUCAGUUUCUACAAUGUGGAAAAGUGAAUUGUGACGCAUCCUGAAUUAAAGUGCCCGCUGUCGUAUGGCAGUGAGGCUACAUGCAAGUUGGGAGAAGCUAGAAUUUCUAUGGUGUAACUCCUAAUGAGUACAUGUAAUUGUGUUGUAAAAAUUUAAACAGUUUUAAGCAUAUUCUAUUUUUACUCAUUACCGACAUGGUGAUGUGGCUGUAAUAUGAUAUUGUUAUUGACAUUACACAAUUGUAAUAAAUCAGUCCAAUAUUUUUACUUA